CUUUGAGAUUAGUUUUCUCGAAGAGAAGAAAGGUCAAUGGAAAUAGGGAACCUUGCUUUUGAUAAAGAUGAUCAAUUGGCUGUGGACUUUGUUACUGCUGCUGCAAAUAUCCGUGCUUCUUCUUUUGGGAUUCCUUUACAUAGUCUUUUUGAAGCUAAAGGAAUUGCUGGUAGUAUCGUGCAUGCUGUUGCAACAACAAAUGCUAUCAUAGCUGGUUUGAUUGUGAUUGAAGCAAUCAAGGUUUUAAAAAAGGGUAACAACAAUUACAGGAUGACUUAUCGUCAAGAACAUCCUUCAAGAAAGUUGCUUCUAAUGCCUGUAGAACCCUAUGAACCAAACAAGUCUUGCUAUGUUUGUUCAGAGACACCACUAUCCCUCGAGGUUAAUACUCACUUCAUUGAAAAGAUUGUUAAAGGCAAACUUGGCAUGAACUUUCCUGUAAUUAUGCAAGGGGCAAGUAUUCUUUAUGAAGUUGGUGAAGAUCUAGCAGAGGAUAUGGUAGCAGUUUAUGCUGCAAACCUUGAGAAAGCAUUAUCUGAGCUGCCUUCUCCGGUUACUAGUGGGACUGUUCUCACUUUAGAGGAUCUUCAACAGUAGUUCUCGUGCAGUAUCAAUGUCAAGCAUAGGUUUGUAUUUACUUUGAUUAUCAUACUGUAAAAAAUUUAAACCCCUUUUGUCAAGCAGGGAAUGGUUCUCUCUGGAUCAGUGGAAGCUCCUGUUGAGAAGGACAAUAAUAAGCCUAUCGGAAAUGGUGAAAGUACAUCCAGUGCUUUGCCAUCAGAGGAGAUUGUGGAGGGUGAGAAGGAUAUUGAAAUUCGGGAACCUUCAGAGGGGAUUGAAACUGUUACCGGGAAGAAAAGAACACUGUCCGAUGUUAAUGGAAGUAGAAACCAAAUGGCACUCGAAUAGCUUGAUGAUGAUGACAAGGAUGAUGAACUCGUUGUAUCCGAUGACUACGAAUCACCCACCAAGAAGUAAAGGGUCUAACAGGUUUUACAUCUUGAUUAUGGACAUCGUCUAAGCUCUGAUUCUCUAAUCGUUAGGCUAAAUGGCGAUUCUUUUUGUAGGCCGCAAUCAUUACAUGUUAGGAAAGAAUCUAGUGUUUUGCUUGAUUAGAUGUUACUAACUGUUAUGUCGAUUCCGUUUUUGUCGUUUUAACAACAACGUGUAAUCAUCGUAGUUUUAGAUUAACCAAGUGCUGUGACUGUGCAAAGUAUUCAGAUUUAACAUCAAUGUGAAAUGAAAAUUAUCAAUG